UUCAUUACUCUCUGGUUAUCAAUCAAAAACGGUUUUGCGGUGUUGUGGAAAGUCCACUGUUCGAAUUAUUUUAUUUUGAAACAAUUUACUUAUCAGAACAUAUAUUAAUAUUGGUUAAUAAGAUGCCGCGAAAUCCUAAGUUGGAAGAAUUCGAGAUUGAAACAAAACCGACAAGGUCUAUUAGAAGAGGAAAUGUUUCAAAUUUCUUUUAUGAUUCGAAUACGGGCGCUUUUUUGGGAAGAACAGCUGAAAGUUGGGGUAAAAUCAUAUUAUUCUACAUAAUAUUCUAUGUGACGCUGGGGGCACUCUUCAUGAUCUGCAUGGUGACCUUCAAGGAGCAAUUCAUCAACCCUCGCGUGCCGCGGUUGCAGCAGGACCGGGGCCUUAUUGGCACCAGCCCAGGCCUUGGUUUUCGUCCCCUGCCGCCCGAUGUCCGGAGCACGCUCAUCUGGUACAAAGGCACCAGCUAUGAGAGCUACAAGUAUUGGGAGGAUGAACUUAUCGAGUUUUUAAAAGUGUACAAGAUGAAGGGUCAGACUGCGGGCGCGGGUCAGAACAUCUUCAACUGCGGCUUCCGCAGCCCGCCGCCGCCGGGCAAGGUGUGCGACGUCGACAUCCGCGCCUGGGAGCCCUGCAUCGAGGAGAACCACUUCUCCUUCCAUAAGUCAUCGCCCUGCAUCUUCUUGAAGCUGAACAGGAUCUACGGCUGGCGGCCGGAGUUCUACAACGACACGGCGGCGUUGCCUCGCGACAUGCCGCAAGAGCUGCAGUCGCACAUCAAGAACCUCACGCAAAUCAACAGAGAUUAUGCGAACAUGGUGUGGGUGUCGUGCGCGGGCGAGACGGCGGCGGACCGCGAGAACGUGGGCGUGCUGCGCUACCUGCCCUACGCCGGCUUCCCCGGCUACUUCUACCCCUACACCAACGCAGAGGGCUACCUCAGCCCGCUCGUCGCGCUGCACCUCGUGCGCCCCAAAACUGGUAGAGUGAUUAACAUCGAAUGCCGAGCUUGGGCCAAAAACAUCAAAUACGACAGGCGGGAGAAAUUAGGUGUCGUCCAUUUUGAAAUUAUGAUUGAAUAGUAUUUAGUGCUGGUAACACUAUUUAAUUGUACGGAAAUGUGUCUGUUUUAUUGUAACAAUAACGGAUGCAUUUCUCAUCUUUUUUUUUAUAAAUUGACUAUCAUUUCGUGAUAAUAUCUCAGUGAAAUAUUUCUAAAGAUAAUCCAAUUUUGAAAUAAAUGAUUUAAUAUUAGCGAAUUAUUUUCGCUUACAAUUUUACAAUAUGCAUUUAUAUUAUGCAAUAUAUUUUAUGUGUAAUAUAUUUUUUAAUAAUGCUUUAUUAAUAAAUCGUAAUUUACCACCGAUUUUAUUAUGGAAAUACAAAGAAUCUCGAUUAUUUUUAUGUUUUAACAUUUAUCAGAGAAAAGUCCUAACUUAUGUAUGUAAAAUAUGAGAAAUGAAAAAAGACUAUUAUGCCAUGACUGGAAUUAUUAUAUACCUGUGAAGUUAAAUAAAAUUAUUAAAAUAGAAGUAUUCCAAACAUUCCAUAUUAUAUACUUAAUAUUUCAUUAUUAUGUCGUAAAGUAAUGUAUAAACACUUUUUGUCCAAUUUCCUUGUUUCUAACUGCGCAUUUCACACAUAACCAGUACAAUUGGUCAAUAACUGGCCUGGCAACUGGCACGUUGGAAAGGGUAGCUGGCCAGUGGAAGUUAUCCAGCUAAGCGUGAAAAAAUUAAGUAAAUUUUAGACUCUUAUUCUAUGUAUUUUAGUGAACCGUCCAUUUAUUUAUAGACUGCAGUAGAUUUAUACCUAUUUUUGUAUCACCAAAUAUAAUUAUCACUUAAUAUAAGAAAGACAUGUAUUUUAAGAAACUUUAAUUGUAAAAAAUGCAGCAAAAAAUGGAUUUUUUUUCUUAUAGAAUCGAUUUUUCAAUGUUUUCUUACAUUAAUUUGAUUGUAAAUGCAUUUUAAAAAUUCAUAGGUGCUGUCUUGAUUUUUAAGAUGGCGGAAUAUUAAAAAAAAUUUUUUAGAUCUUUCAAGUGUAUUCUCAAAUUCACGAGGCAAUUGGUGUCAAUUUUUUCUAUAAACUUUUUAAACGAAAACUGCCAAUUCGGCCAAUUUAGUCGUAUUUUAGGAUACAAAUAUCAUAGUUAUAAAGUUUGAAUUUUUUAGACUUUUUAAUGUAAAAAAUGCAUUUAAGUUAAACUAGUUUACUUUGUUCUUUUUUUGUGAAUAAGUGUCCGUCCAUGAGAGAAGAAUUUUUUUUACAAUUUUUUUUUAAGACUGAAUUACAGUCUGAUAUUUUUUUUGUUACAAAAUUGACUUUACUUAAAAUGAAUUUUAAAUAAUCUUUUACAUGUUUUUUUUAAGAUUGGAUUUUUUUACAUUUUUACAUUCUAUAUAUUUAUUUUUACAUAUAUGUAUUUAGGUAUGUUAUAUCCGUCCAUGUGUAGUGUUUAUUAUUAAGAAGAAUCUCUAAUUAUGGCAAUUUUAUAACGAGUACGUAGAAAUAAGCUACGUAGAAUAUUUUUUUAAGAUAUCUAUUGCUAUUAAGUUGUAGUUUUUUUUUAUCACUUUGACAUGUGUAUUUUUUAUUAUUUUUUUUUAUUUUUUCCUAGUGUACCUAAUACUUUACGUUAAGCCGUCCUUUGCAGCAUAUUAUAUGUAUAGAUUUAAUACAAUCAAUGAAUGAAAUAAUUAAAAUAAUGCAAUGUGUGCCUCGAAUAUUGUGUAAGCUAGAUUAGUGUAAUAAAGAGAUAAUUUCUACAAA